AUAGAGCAUCACCUUAAUCAUAUGCAUAGGUCUGCGAAACUACCGGUACACUAAAAUAAAACAGCAUUAAUGAUUAACCGUAAACUAUCUACAAACGAACCAUCCACGAAGAAUAUUGAAAAUUAACGCUCCGGCAAGAUUUUUAUUUUUAUUGUACUGACCACGCCGGUAGUCCAGAAGUGCACAACAGAGCUCAAAAGUAUUUUUGCAAACUCCAGGAGUCUCGUUUUCGCAACAGAGGCGAAACAGCUGCUUGUGAGACAUGGAAGCAGACCUGCACCCCUCAGACUCUUUCAGUCUAGGGAUGAUUGUGGCAGGGAGGUACACUCUUCAGAGGAAGCUGGGAAGUGGGAGCUUUGCCACAGUCUACCUGGUACUGGACUCCAAAUCCAAGACUGAAGAGCAAAAGAAAGUCUUGAAGCAGAUCUCAGUGGGGAACUUGAAGGGAGAUGACACGGUAUGGUCUGCUAAAGAAGCCCAGCUGCUGUCUUGUCUGGACCAUCCAGCCAUAGUCCAUUUCUACUGCAGCUUUGUGGAGCUCCAGUCCUUCUGCAUCAUCACAGAGUACUGCGAGUGUGGAGAUCUGGACAGCAGAAUUAAGAGCCGCUGGGAGACAGGGAGACUUUUUCCAGAGGGGCAGGUGCUGGAGUGGUUGAUACAGACACUGAUGGGAGUACAGUACCUACAUGAAAGGCUCAUCCUCCACAGAGAUCUGAAAACUAAGAAUAUCUUUUUAAAGAAUUUUAUGAUCAAGAUUGGUGAUUUCGGUGUGUCCCGUAUUCUGUCUGGUUCACUGGACUGCGCCACCACCUUCACUGGCACACCCCAUUAUAUGAGUCCAGAGAUCUUCACCUCCUCUGGCUAUGACGCCAAGUCCGAUAUGUGGUCUGUGGGCUGUGUGCUAUAUGAGAUAGCCACUCUUACCAGAGCCUUUGAGGCCAACAACUGGAUGAAGCUAGUUUACAAGAUCUGUCAGGGUCCCUCUCCUGCGCUGCCUGACUGCUUUUCCACUGAACUGAAUGAUGUCCUGCAAAGCUUGCUGGAGAAGAACCCCAAGAAGAGACCCAGUGCCACUGAAAUACUCAGAAUCCCAUUUCUUGAGCAGCACGUGAAAAGUCUGGCAGACAUGCUGGGAGAUGUUCUCCACAGGGAGACAGAGGAGUCCAGUGUUUCUUUGGAAUCUGCCCGUAUUGCAGCCGCACUGGAGAAGCAGGUGCAUUUGGACAGCCUGCAAGCUGUGGCCCAGGCACAGGGGCUGGAUCCUCGCGAGAGGCGCAGGCUGCGGCAAGGAGGAGACCCUCACUUCAGCAAAGUGCAGAAUGCCGUGAAUCAGCUUUAUAAACAGAACCAGAAGAGAGCUUUAAAAUCAGGACCUGAACAGGACUCAGAAGUCAGCUAUAGAGAGACAGAAGAUGGAACACGGGAUGAAAAAGAUCAAGGAGGCCCAGAAAAUUCAGCUGACAGAGGGGAUUUGGAAGGAGGUGAGGAGGAGUUUAUCAUGGAUGAUGAGCUCGAGAAGACCCUGGUUGGUUCGCUCUCUGCACUCUCAGAGGAGCAGAGCAGCACUCUCCGUGCCUAUCAGAGCUGUUUAUUAAAAUUCCUGGAAUCCAGCACCACAGAUGAUGAUCAAGAAAAUAGCCUCACAGAGACAAACUUGGACGAGACUAUAAGUUCACUCAUUGAAUCCACAAUCAAAGACCCUUAACGCGGAAUUGAAGGAGGCCUGCCUGUUGGAGACGUUGCAGAGAGAAGAUGCUCUGCGUCAGCAGUCAGCAGACUACUCCAGAGAGACUCUCUCUGUGAGGGACAAGCCUGUUCUGGGAGGUUGGAAGAAGGAUGCCACACUGGCCCAACUGUUCAUCAGAUUGAUCUGUCAGCAAAAUUGUUUUCAGGCAGUAACGGUGAAAUAACCUAUACAUUAACAGAAUUCCUGUAGCUUUUUUGGCUGUAGGAAAAUAAUCUUGUCUGAUGUUCAUUGUCUGACCCAGGAUAACAUAUUGUCAGCUAUAUACUGGCAAACAUGUAAUUGCCAUCUUCUGUAAAGAAGAUAAAGGAUACUGCUGAGGUGGCAGCAGAAAGGGGUCAAAUAUUUAAUUUACUGAUAAAUGCCGUUUCUUUCUUGACAGAUCUGAUGGAAGACAAAUAGUGUGGAGACGUCAUGGUGAGCAAAAUACUGGCUGUUGUGUUUUUCCAAGACAAACCAGUUGAACUGUGGAAGGGUGACAAUGUAGGAAGGAAUCUCUAACAGGUCCUUGGUGAAGAUUAGUGGCGGCCACUGACAUUUUCAUUUUUAAAACUUCUUUUCAAUUUGUUGCAUUUAUGAGUGAUAGUUUCCUUUGAUGCUUAGUAUAUAUUUAAACUUUCAUUUAAUCAACCAGGCCUCAGUAUUUGUUUUUUGUGAUUUGUUUUUACUAAUUGGCUCAGUUAACUACUGGCUCUUAGAUGAGUUAAAAUGAGAAUACCCAUAUGCAGGGGAAAAGUAAAACGUACUAAAUAACUUGAACGGUUCUCACAUUCACCUACAGGAUAGAACUCUUUGUGAAAUUCCUUACCUUCUAUUUUGAACCCCAUGUCUGUGGAUUGAUAAGGUAAUACAUGGCAGGAUAGAAAUUAGGGGAAAUUAUUUCAGUUUAUUGACUUACUGUACAUGGUAGACACAGUGACUAUAAAGUGCCAUAAACUGAGCAGUCUUUCAGUCUUAUUGAAAUGCGUAAUUACUAAACAGACUUUGACAUUUCAUGCUGUAUCAGGCAAGUUAGGUUAAUUAAAAUCCUGGCUUUGGGGAAAGUGUAAUUCAUUCUUACUGAAAUCUACAAACAUGCACUCGGUGAGCCUCACAUACACUGCUUGUAGAGAUAGCUACGUGACGCAAAUCAUUGUAUCAGCUCAAAUUGAGUUUAAAUUAAAACAUCAAAGGGCGUAGGUGAAACAUACGUGACUAAUGGUGUUUAAUUUUACCUUAAAGUUUGCAGUCAUCUUUAAGGCCUUUGAAAUAUUAAUUCACAGUAUUUGACCCCUAACUGCUUCACAUUAUCUCUAAGUUGCUUGUCAUUAAUAUCCUGUAGAUGCCGAGUGUUUUGAUUUUACAGAUCUGGAUGUGUGACGUGCCUCUGCAAGUGAUCUUUUCUGUGUUAGGCAGUCUUGUGGCCUAUUGAAUUAUUCAUGGAAAAUCAAAGACCGUUAAAACUUAUUUUUUACAGGUGCACAUCUUGAGAUUUUUCAAGGCCAUUCUAAAUUCUCAAAAUGUUUUCAAUUCCUUGUUUAAUUGGAGUUACAUAAACAACUCGUGUUUCUAUGGAUUUUGUUAGCACAAAUUUGAACCAUUAUUUAAUACAGCUCAACUCAUCUUCAUAUAGUUUUGUGCUUGUUUUGUAUUAUCAAUAAUGAAAACUAAUGUAUAUUUACAGCUUUCCAAUUUUUAUCUCAAUUUGGUUGUUUGGUGCCAGUUCCCCAUUAUAAUGAAACUAACAAUAUUAUUGGGAAAUUCUUCAAUUUAUAAAAAUGAUCCUGUCAUAGUUAUUUAUACUAGGAUCAAUCCCAGACUACUAAAAUUACAUUAUGCUUUAGGAUAUUUCCUUUGUCAAAGAUGAUACACACCAGAAUACAGAAAAUAAUCAUAUGAGCAGAUUUUAUUUGCUUUGUCAGUCUCAAAUACAUUCUUCCUCUCUUAACAAGCUCUAAAUGAGGAGCGAAAUAAUCAAAUAUCUCCUCAAAGCUAAAUAAAAUUGAAUUUAAUGCCAAAUACACAAGUGCUGUAAGUGCUCAACAUAUAGUGAUCAACAUAUAAUGCCUUUUUUAAAUAAUGUUUAUAUUUUUAUAGUGUCUUCCAAACUAGUGUCUUCCAAAAGCAUCAGAACUGCAAAAUCAAUAGAAUAUUCAUUGUAAUGUUGAGUUCCAAUCGCAUGCAUGGAUUUGAUCAUUUGAUUACAACAAAAUCAUACACUAGAGUAUAAGUUUAGUACAUAUUAUAUUGUAACUCUCAUGGUUACGCAUACAAAUUUCUUGACCUAAAACACUUUGCUGUCACAAUACAUUUGGAGGACAAUGUAUUGCUUUUUAAAUUCAGACCCUCCUCUUAGUUCUAACAGCUUAUAGCAGAUUUGUUUUAUCUGUUCAGCCAGGAAGGUUGAAACAGUAGACUGGUAAUGUGGAGCACUCCUCUCUCCCAGUAACUAUUGCACCUGACUCCUCUUCCACUGCUUUCACAAAAAAGUACCUUUUGUUCAAAAACAGGUUUUUGAUCCCUACAACACAAAAGGUAUCACAAAACCAAGUAUGUGUUACUACAGUAUAUAUAUAUAGAUAAAUAAUGAUACACUUUGUAUUAAAUCUAAUGUAGCACAGUCUGGGAAAUUUAACUUUUUUAUAGACUAUAUAGUAUCUAUAUACAAGUAACUGUAUAUAGUUACAGAUAUUUUUCUAUCUAUAUCCUUAUUGAAAAAAUCAUGAAUGAAAGAAAUAAACUGGAGACAGGCAUCUCUAAUAUAUCACAUCUAAUGGAUGUGUGAUACUGUAUAUUGUAACUUCUACUAGAAAAUUAGCACAGCUGAGCUGCAUUCAGCUGCAUUCAUCUGCAUAGUCCAUAAUGUUGAGACGAGACCGUCGCGUUAAGGGGACCAAAGCUAAUUAUGUUGACAUCAUAUUUAAGUUACAUUAAAUAAUUAUAUUAGAUCUCACUUUUUCACAAGAGUCUGUGCAUGUAGGGAGCAUAAAUAGGGAUACUGCAGUCUGUGGUGAAUAGAAGUCCAGGUCAAAAUGGGAACAAUAUUCCAAUAAAAUGGUAUCCCUCAUUUGCCCAAAGUUGUCCACUCCCUCCCUUCAAAAACUAUAAAAAAUAAUGUACAUUUGGAAAAUUACAACAUAAAAUGUAGGCCAAAAGAAUUGCAUUAAAGUUUAAAAUAUGAAUGUUCAAAGAAAUUAAGUUAAAGGUUUGCACCCCUCCUGCCUGAAAAAUAUUUACAAAACACAAAUUUACUUUUUUUUUACUAUUCCUAUUUUCAUGUAUUGCCACCUAAACCAUGCAUGUCGAGUGGUAUACAUUUGUGCUAUUAAGAAAAGAAAAAAUGGUAGCAAGGGGCUUUGGUAAGCAUGAUACAGGAACAAAAUGAGUUUUUGUUCUUUGAUCACCUCAUAUAUUUUGGAAAAAUUCAAUUCCACCUUCUUUAUUUGCUGAAAUAUCAAAUCAAUGCUUCUGGGUUCCCUUACAAGACCCCAUAAACUAUAAAUUGUCUUCCCAGAUUCCAUUGCUAAUCAUCUCCUCCUACUUAAUCCACCCCCAGACUCUGGGCUCUAACUCCCUGUAUAAUAUUAUAAUUAUAUAUACUGUGUCCAAUGUUGCAGUGUUAUCCUGUUUCCCAUUCAAAUGAAAAAUCCAACUCUUGUUAAUUCAUUCCCAAGCUCAGCUAUUAACUUUGAGCAUGUUGUUGAGUACAGCACCGACAUGAUGGAGUCACAGUCUGAUACCAAAGUUCUUGGCCAUCUGAGGUACAGUGACAAAGCAAGUGGCUGUUGGGGUUACUGUAAAAAAAAAGACACCUAAUGGUCAGGAGGUCACUAGUUCAAGUUAGAGUGGAUAGGGCAAAUCUCACAGUCAGUUAAUAUAUGACUUGUACGUCACCUGCUUCUAAAGAUUGGUAGCAUCUGCAAGUUAUUAGGCAUGUAAUAUGCCUUAAUUAAGAGAGCCCUUUUAACAGUAACCAGAGACUGAUCCUGCAUAAUCUCUAAAUUAUUUAAUGUAACUAAUAAAUAAAUAAUAAAUUAGAUUCAAAUUAUUAGAAGGCUUUAGAAAUUUGUAACGUGAUAGUGUUGUAAAAAAGCCUGUUGGAUUGGGGCUCUUUGGAAACAAGGCUGGAGACCCCUGUACUAGCGAAAGGGUGCAUUAUUGGAAACAGGCAUUGUAAAUGAAACCUUAUUGGGCAAUACUGAAGUGGUAUACUGUACAUAACAUCAUAACUAACAUUUGAUAUAUAAUUGUAAUAUUAUAAUUUGGUCAUGGUGCAUGGAGCUAUUUAAAUCAUGAAAUAGUUUGUGUACUCAUCCUCAAACAGAACUCAUCAACAGCUGAAUUACAAAGUGAUAAAGAAAAUCUGUUACAAAAUCAAAAUCCUUCAUAGCUGUUGCAUUGACAUUUUAUGUAACAGACAUACUGAAGCAUGGGAAAUUUUUUAGGCAAGUUAACUUGAGUGAUCAUCGUGGAGGGUUCCAAUUUCUGCGGCAUACUGAUGGCACAAAGGUUCAUUAAUUUAACCAUUUAACAGUUAAUCACAUUAUCUGCACCUGACCGUCUCACUAAUAAGGUAACCUAGUAUGAAUGCAACAGCCAAGUUCACUUGAGUGUCUUAAUUAAGAAUAAAAAAGACACCUAAGACUUUCAAUGACAGUGUCAUCACAACCAACCAGCACUGCCAGUAUCACUCUUGGGUUUGAGUCUGUGUUUGAGCGGUCUGUCCUUGUCUUGCAGGAUCCUAGAUCUAAAGGUGCUCAUUUCUCAGGGAAGACUGCACAAGACUCCUCAAGUCAAUGGCGCUUCAAUAGGUGGUAUUCACUCAAGUCACUGUAGUUUCUCUUCAGUAAUGUGACAAUCUUAAGUCAACAGGACCAGGAGAAUCCCACUCAGUUACUACAGGUCUCCCAUUUGCUACAUUCUCUUAACUGAGACUUUCACACAAGUUGUAGUGGGUGGGACAUUCGCAUUAAAAACCCUACUCUGUCACCUCAUUCUCACUAAGGACUAUUAGCAUCCAGUACAUUAUCUCAACUUUAGCUCAACUGGCUGACCCUGUUUGGCCAGAGACAAUACUCUUAAAAAGCUGAACCCCUGACAGCAGCAGCCAGUUUGCAUUUUUCCCAUUAAUUACAUAAUCCAUGACCACUAGCAUGGCUGCUGAUGUUAAAGCCAAGGAGUACUCAAGAUUCAGCCAGCAUUAUCUGGACAAGGGGAGAGCACACUACUGCACCACCCACUAGUGAUACUCAACUCCAACAACUCCGGCUCAGGAAACCACCCAAUAUUCUGCAGUACACCAAAAUCCAUUGAACCUGGCAUACAAACUAACCAACCUCCUCCUGUCCAGCAGCUGAGAAGCACCUCAGGAUUUAAGGUGUAUUAGUACUCUGUACUCACCAAGUCUCACAGAUCUGCAGCUCAGCUUAGUGUAGCCAAUCAGUGCAGCUGUGACUCAUUCCACAGCUUCUUUCAAUGAGCAGUUAGCUUUCUUGACAAGCAUCCUUUAUUUUUAUUUUUAAAAACAAAGUGGUUUAUUGUGAUACUCAUUCUAUAUAGUAGUUUUAAUUGUUGAGCAGGUUUUCUAUAAUGUGAGUAUGAAUUAUUUUCUUCUAGUUUAGUCAUCAAUGUCUGUCUGUGAAUAUGUUACAGAGGCUAUCCUUUGACUAAAUUGUUUUCUUAUAAUGAAUCUACAGUAUGUAGUCUUUCACUAUAUUAAUGUUAUGUCUGCAAGAAAUUAAAUUAUAGAAAUAAAAAAUAAC